AGAAAUAAAAACAACCCAGCACCCAACGAGGGAGGAGUCUGGCUCUGAAAAGGGGAAAUGAGUCUGUUUAAGUGAGAGAGGUUACAGUGAAACACAGCACAUGGACAGAAACAUGAACAGGUUCUACAUUCUACUAAAUAUCCUCACGUUUGCAGCAGCUGCUGUAAACACAGGCUCUCACUCUCUCUGCUCUGUGGCGACAUUCAUCAUAGGAGAGACGCCCUUCCCUGAGUUUACCGUCCUGAUGAUGCUGGAUGACAUUGUUAUCUCAUGUUAUGAUUCAGCUGAGCAGAAGGCAGUAAUGAGAGUAGAAAUGAAGUUAAAUGAUGAAGAGCAAGAAUUUUCUGAUAUGAUUUUUGGAGCACUACACAAAGACAUGCACAGCCGUGCCAAUUUUCUUAAGCAGCAUUUUAAUCACACCAAUGGUGUUCAAGCAGAACAAAAAAUGGUGUGUUGUGAAUUGUUGAGCAACAACAAACCAGGACGAAUGAAGAUGACUGAUGCUUUCAAUGGCUUAAGUGGAAUGGAGGAGGACUAUAAUAUAUAUCAACAUUCUCUACUCACUGAAACUAAAUGGCCUAUUGCUUUUGACACCGUGCAGUUGGAAUAUCAGAAGAAACUGUAUGCAUAUUUUCUCCACCCUGUUUGCGUUGGCGUGUUAGAGAGAGCUCUGAAAGAACUGAAGAAUCAUGUAUACAGGAAAGUAAAGCCCAGAGUGAGACUCCUGAUGAAGCCCCAUGACUCUGGAGGAGCUCGUGUGAGCUGCCUGGCCACUGGUUUCUACCCACGCUACAUCAACCUGACGCUGCUGAGGAACGGCCAGCCUGUGUCCGAGCACCUGGUCAAUGGAGGUGAGCUGCUGCCUAAUGGAGACAGAACAUAUCAGAUGAGGAAGAGUCUGGAGAUCAGUGCAGAGGAGCUCCAACAGAAGCACAACUACACCUGCACAGCCACUCACCUCAGCCUGGACAAGCUGGACGUUCACUGGGAUUAUGAUCCAGGUCCACCCAUUGCAGUCAUAGCUUCCACUGUGCUGCUGGUGAUAUUAGUGUGUGUGUUCGCACCAAUAGCUGGCUUCAUUGUGUGGAACAAGAGACGUGAAGUCUCCCGGACGUCCUCCCAGAAUGAUUACUCUGCCGCUUCAACCACAGAGGAGAACGAGCUGGAGGAAGUGAAGAACUGAAGACAUGGACAGAUUAGGCUUCGCUAUAGACAAAAUAUACUUUCUGUGGCUGUACAGUUUUCUAAUAUUCAACUGUUUUUGAGGUUUACAAUAGAGCUCUUUCAUUUGAACUGUAAUGGUUGGAUUUGUGCAAAUAUGUCCUGACAUUUCACUGUAAACGAACUUGUUUGUGUUUCAAUUUUUGCACUGUACCACUAUUAUGUGAUGCUGUUUCCUACAGCCUGGUCCAUAAGCAAAAGGACAGGGACAUGACUUUUGUAAUUUUGCCUCGGUACAUAUAGAUUUGAAAUGAAAUCUACAAUUGCAAAAGGGACUUUCAGCUUUGAAUCAAAGAAAUGAUCAAACAUUUUGCAUUGACCGUUUAGGUAUUAGAGCCUUUUUUACAUCGUCCAAACAAAAGUUGGUUCAUGUUCCAUCAUUAUCCUCUCAGAGAGAUAGCAGGAACUUUAGGAGUGCCCAGGAAUGCACUGGCGAGCUCAGAAACACUAAAAGGCUUGAAAGAUCACAGAAUGACUGAAGAAAAACCCCUUCACAACAUCCAGUCAAGUCAAGGACAUUCUGGAGAAGGUUGCUGUGUCGUUGUCAAAGUCUACAAUCAAGAGACAUUCUCAUGAAUGUAAAUACAGAGGGCUUACCUCAAGAUGCAGACCCCUGGCAAUACUCAAUAAGGCCAGACAAGACUUUACUAGAAAACAUCUAAAAGGUCUGCCUAGUUCUGUACUGGAAUGAUGGGAAGAGAAGAGUAUGCAGAAGGAAAGGAUCAUGAUCUGAGGAACACUACAUCAUCUGUCAAACAUGGUGGAGGUAGUUUUAUGGUAUGGGCAUGUGUGGCUGCGUCUCAAGAGAGGAAACUCAUUUGGUGAUGGCCAUGAGUUCCAGACUUCAGGCAGUCAUGGACUGGAAAUGGCUUGCCUCCUAAUAAUCCUUGCAUUUUUAAUUCUGUUAGUUUGUUUAAUUACUUUUGAGCCUGUAAAUGUGGAGGGACUAUGUUAAAAAUGGGUGUAUGUUCCUAAACUUUUAAUGCAAUAUUUUUGUUAAAUCUCUUGAAUUAAUGUUGAAAGUCAACACUUCAAUCAUAUCUUGAUUGCUUCGUUUUAAAUCCAUUCAAUCCGGAGGCAAAAACACCAAAAUAGUUUCAUUGUCCCAAUAUUUAUGGACCUGACUGUACAUUGUAGACCUCUGUGAUAGUUGCUCUAGAAAAUGAAAAAUAUAAAACCUUGUGGUUUCCAUGCUUUAAAAAAUAUUUGGCUUAUGAAAAUUACAGUGGAGCUGCACACAUGGCUGGCCUCGUGACUACAAUUCCACUGAUGUUUUAUUUUGAAAUGAUUCCUUCAGAGGGAAUAUUGAAGACAUUUUACCAAGAGGAAUGGGCCAAAAAACUGGAUUGGAUAUAUGCAUAGAAAUAACACUAAAUAACGAAACAAAAGUUUUGAAAUACUUGAUUUUUAAAUAAUAAGAGUAAAUUUUGUAUUCGUUUCUGAUAAAAGAUUAAAUAAAACAAUUUCUUUUUAUUUGA